AAACGCUGUAUAUGAAAAAAUGAGUAUAGUAAUAAGUGUAUAAUUUAUUAGCGUCAUUUGGUGAAAUCAUCGGAUGAAUGUAUAAAAAAAGUUUAAAGAUCAAUCGUUAAUGUUUGUAUACAUAUUGAUAUUUCUGUAUCUGACCUACAUAAUUAUCUGAAUAAGAUAAUUUUAAUCAAUAUGAUAUGGCAAGAAGAAGUAGUUGUAAUCAGAAAAUAGCGACGGAUGGGCGUGAAGAAAAUUCUGAUGAGAUAUUUAACUUUAAAUUUCCACCUUGUUCUAGGAUAAACAAACAAAAAGAAGCAGUGAAAUAUUGCGUGGAAUGUCAGGGGUACUGUUGCCAGUCUUGUGUUUACACACAUGAGACAUUUCCUACACUAGUAGGUCAUAAAUUUUUCGAUCAAUCGACAGGUCUUUCUACAGACUUCCCAGUUGUUCCUACGGAGAUAUGCAGCAGACACAACAUAAAAAUUCUGGAUUUGUAUUGUAGAACCCACGACGUGGUCUGUUGUACGAGCUGUAUGGCGCUAGAACAUACGAGCUGUACAGGUGUCCAGUUAAUUUCGGAUUUUGCCAAAACUAUGUUUAAGAAGAAGGACGUGGAUGAAUUGAAUCUGACAUUAAAGGAGAAGAAAAGUGAAGUGGAGAAGAUCAAAAUGUCAAGAGAAACACUUCUUGAAGAGUUGAAAGAGUCAAAAACGAAUGCUUUCAAUGCCAUAAAAGCUUAUAGGGAAGAAAUGGAAACCAUACUACAACACCUUGAAACGGAAUCGAUUAAAGAAGUGGAGAAAGAGUUCCAAACAAUGGAGACUAUGUUGCUCGAGGAGAUACAGAUAUCUGAAAAUCAGUUGAAAAGCCUGUCGAAUGCUGCGGACGACAUAAAACAUCCGAUGGAAAUAAAGCCCAGCAGUUUGUAUCCAUGAAGAUAACGCAGAAGAGACUUUCUCACGCUGAAGACAUUUUGAACAAUUUAAAUACACGUGUACAAGCAAAGGUAUGAUUUGCCGCUGACCAAACUGUUUUGGAAUUUCUACAACAACUGAAAACAUUUGGAUCGGUUAUCCGCAAUACUAUCUAUUAUGUCAAAGGUACCAGGGAAAUGAAUAUAAAAGUACAAAGCGACUCAUAUGUUUGCAGUGUAAACGGGUCAUGCUUAACGGAAGAUGGCAAACUAUUGAUACCUGAUUAUAGCAAUAAAAGAUUGAAACGUGCAGACAUUGUUAAAUUGUCAGUUGUAGACUAUUGUGAUCUCCCCCAUAAUCCACAUGAUGUAUGCAGCAUAGAUAAACAUGGAGCAGUUGUGACCUCAGAAAAUCACGCCAUUCAAUUUGUCUCCCUUAAAGGCGACAAAAUGACACUCACGCGUGGCAUCAAGCUGAACCAUCGUUGUUUCUGCAUUGCUUACAGAAAUAACAAACUAUAUAUAAGUGACAAUAGCAUGUCAGUUUAUGUACAUGAUAUGAGAGGUACCUUGCUACAGACGAUAUCCAAAGAUAGUUCCGGCAAAGACCUGUUCGAAAGAAGCCGACAUAUUGCAUUCAGCGAUUGUGGAAAUAAAGUGUUUGUUGCCAAUGGUUUUAAGGAGACAUCACUCCUUUUUGAAAUGAUACCAAUAAAACACGAGGUUACCAGUCAUCGAAAUUUUAUAGUAACAGUUGAUGGUCAUAGAAACAACUGUAAAAUCUCAGUGGUUCAGAUUUAAACAAUGCUACUGGAGUCUGCACAGACGGUAGAGGAAAUUUGUUUGUAUGCGGACAAAGUUCAAAUAACGUUUAACAGCUAGGACAAAAUGGUACAAAAAUGGGUAUGGUCAUCAAGUCGUCAGAGGGACUAAACCAACCAUGGUCACUGGCCUUCGAUGUGCGAACUAGAACUCUAUGUGUUAUGCAAUUAAGCAAGAAUACAGUAAAACUUUUGAUCUACACUUAACCUAACGUUAUUUUCUUUUUGUGCGAUUUAACACAAGGCUGACAAUCUGAUUUAAUUCCUCCAAAAGCAUGACAGUGCAUUUACCACAACAUAAGAACUUGCCAAAAUUAAGUUUAAAAACAAAAUGAAAACAUAAUAUUUUAAAAAAUAUUGUUAUUAUCUGUUACUGUACAGAGUAUCAAUGGUAAUACUGUACCACUGACAAUUUGUGGAAGUGCAUGAGUUCUAUUGCAGAAAAUAGUAUUUUUGUCAAUAAAGAUUUGUUGCAAAUACGUUUUAUCACGUUUCAGGCGCGGAAAGGAUAUAUACAGAUUGCCUUAAAGCUAUAGCUAUUUUUGUCUCAAAUGUUGGCUUUUGUACAAGCGUGUUUAAAAUGUUGAAAAACACUCAUUUUCAGAAAAAAACAUUAUUUUCCUAAUAUUAAUAUCAUUAGGACUAUAGACAGGGGUCACGCGCAAGGGUCACCCGUCUAAAUGUAUGCGCUGUACUUCUUUUCUUACUUUUUUCUUGCUAAUAAGGAGUCAAUUUUCAGUAUUUUUUUAACGAUUUGAAAAUACCUGGGCUUUAGCACGACAUGUUAAGCUUUCAUUUACCAAAACGUAUCACAAAUUCCACAGGGGUCCGUUACGGAACAAGGGUAUAUGGAGACUGUUGGAACUUGGUCAAAUCGUUCAAAAGUUCCUUUUUGAUGUUGUCUAAAAGUGUCAAUAUAUUACUUGGAUGUUAGAUAUUUCCGUAUUUGAGAGCUGCAGACCUAGACAUUUCAGAAAUAGUUUCAAAAUGAUUUUUGUUUAAUAAAUAUUGACUCUACGAAAGUUCGAAAGGGCCAUCAGACGCUAAUACGUUUAAUUACGUUAUAGGCGCGGCAAGGAUAUAAAGAUUUUUAUAGCUUUUUGUCUGUUUUCGUGCAAACGUGUAAAAAAUGUUGAAAAGACAUUAUUAGAAUAAAAAAUUAUUAGGAUUACGGGCAUAUUUUUAUAAAUCUUGCCAGGCAUACAUAUGUUUUUGACAACACAGAAAGUGACAUCAGACGUCCUUCGGCUUUUUCUGGAAGUAAAGAAAAUGAAAGUGAACAGGCUAACUUUGAAAACGAAAGUCGCAUUUGCAUUGGUCUAUGUGCCUUGAAAAUGAAUAUAGAUAUUUGCUAACACGUGUUAUAUUUGUAAAAUUUUUGAAAUAAAAGAACUUAAAAAUAGA